UCAAAAAUAGGCUUUGGAGAAGAGGAAGAUGGAAAAAUAUUUUUUUCACAAACCAAAAUAAAAUAUGACGCUGUAUAUCCUUCAACUCUGGAUCUUACGAGUAUAUGUGACUCAUUUUCUUGUCGAACCAGGGUCAAAACGAGUCGACCAAAAUCUACCCUCUGGUUGAUAACCUUAGCACAAACCGCAUUUCUUUAAGGAAAAGGGCGCAUGGGCGCAUACGAGUCGUUGCUUCUUGCUAGGGCCCAAGAAAGAUCACUGGAAUUUAUUAUUGGUGGUAGGGGGUCAUGAAUUAUCAUUACCACUUAUUGUCUUGUUAUUUUAUUCUAAAUCAUUCUUGAAAGGAUACAUAUUGCAAUUAAUUAGUUUAUCAUUUUUCUUAAUAUAUUUUGAUAUUAUUUUCGUUAUAUUAUCAGAGCUAAUGUGAAAGCGAGAUAAAUGAUAAUAUUAACCGAAAAUGUACACCAUAUCAAUUUGGAGAAAUUUUACAAUGCUAUAUAUAGCAUUGGUGCUAUAGGUUUUUACCUUUAUGGCACAACUUGAAUUUGUACCUUAACGUUAUGGUACAAAUUCAGAUUGUAUAUAUACUCUUUUGUACUAAAUUUUUUAUUGUACAACUUGAAUUUGUACCUUUAUAGUACAACUGGAACUUAUACAUUUAAUGUUAGGGUUAAUUGCAAGAUUGGUCACUGAGAUUACUAAAAACGUUUAUGUUUAGUCACUGGAAAUAUUUAAUUCCAAUCAUGGUCACUAGAUUUUAUAAAACAAUUCAAGUUUGGUCACUCUGAGUUAGUUUCCGUCCAUCUCCGUUAACACCGUCAGUUAACUGCUGACGUACCUAAUAGAAAUGCUGAUUCAUCCUAUUUUAACCCGCCACGUCAGUUUUUCCAAACCAAACCCAACCCUUCCCAACCCGUGAUAUGACCCUAAACCCUACCAUCGGCUCCCCAUCUUCUCUCCCUUUCCAUUUUCCAACCAAUGUCCCCUUGAAUCUUCUGGCCACUCCCUGUUCUCUCUUUCUUCGUGGAUCGAUGUUGGUGGAUGCAAUUGACGGCGUGCGGUUGUGAUGAUGAUUAAGAGUGGCGGCAAGAGGGAGGCCAAUCCCUCGAUGACAUUCACAACACUGGUGCAUUGCCCUUCUAUUCCUCGUCCUCAAUACUCACCACUGGCAGAGACUUAUCGGCGAAGAGUUGGAGAUGACGAGGAUUCCUCUCCCAAUCGGAUAUGCAACAGCAGAGCGAGUCGAGGACAACUUGUUCCACCCGAGAUCAAGAUUUCCCCCCUUUUUUCUGGCUUUAAAGGGAUACAAUUUUUGGCAAGAUUCAGGACGCAAUUUUAUGGGUUUCUUCUUUGUUCUCCAACAGAGGCACAUAUCUGAUGGGGACAGAGGCCCAGAGUCAUCUUCCCUCUGGAGUUCAAGCGCCAACUCCUCGAGCUGGUCCGCGUUGGAGUUUCGCCGCCGUCGAAUGAAUUCGGCGAUGAAGACGACUCUCGGUUCUUCCUUUUUUCUGGCGUUUGUGAGAGGUAGAGGCGGCGUUGCGGUCCCUCUCCAAGGUGCGAUCCAAGUAGCUCUCUUUUCCUUCAAAUUUUCCCACCGCCGCCGACGUCGCUGUCGCUUAGACAUCCUCGCCGAUGAAAUGCCCCUUUCCCCCGAUGAAUCGAAGGCGUUGACUCUCUCAAUCCAGAUCUACGGUCGGUGUUGUUUCCUUCUUCGCCAUCUUGAAAGUCCCCAACCAGACCUGUGAUGCGCUGGAUGGCCUACUUCGUCUCGAUCCCGCCGAACGAGGAAGUUGAACAUACAACAACGUGUCGGUGGUGGCGGAGAGGGAGGAAGAGAAGAAGAGGUCGUCUUCUUGCAGCAAUCAACAUUAAAGAAGAAGAAACAAGAGUGCUUCUCGUUUCCUUCGAAGAAAUUCAUGGAAGAAGAAGAAGAAAGAUGGCAGUGUUUGGUAGAUCUAGAGGACGGUUAGGGCCAGAUCACGGGUUGGGUUUGCUUUUGGAAAAACUGACUUGGUGGGUUUGGAUGACGUGGUGGGUCGGAUUUUAUGAUGUGGCGGGUUAAAAUAGGAUGAAUUAGCAUUUCUGUUAGGCACGUCAGCAGUUAACUGACGGUGUUAACGGAGAUGGACGAAAACUAACGGAGAGUGACCAAACUUGAAUUGUUUAUAAAAUCUAGUGACCAUGAUUGGAGUUAAAUAUUUUCAGUGACUAAACAUGAACGUUUUUAGUAAUCUCAGUGACCAAUCUUGCAAUUACCCUUUAAUGUUGGGCAUUGCUAUUCAUCGCUCUAAAAUUUCUUAUUGGUCGCCCUAUUUAAAUCAAAUUUACUUUAUCGACCUCAGUUCAUUUACCAUCAGAAUCAGUACGAGUAGAAUCCAUGCUCAAGCCCUGUUGGAUUGGAAGGAUUGUUAACAACCCGAUGGUAAUACCGACUCUCAUCAUGAUUUCCAUGCCCACCUGUUUCCAUUCUUUGUUAUCCUGGAAAGGAAGUUCAUUGCAGAAAGAAGAAGCAGAACCCUCUUCUUUUCCCGAACCCUAAGUCUCUACGUUGCAUUUGCAGGAUACUGAGAGGGAGUGGACAAAUAGUUGAUGGUGAUAAGGGUUUAUGGUUAUAAUUAUUAGGAUGAAGCCUGGUCACUUCACUUGCAUGCGAUCCUAGCUGCGGGUUUAAUAAAUCAAAUCAUCAUUAUUACCGGGAGUGUUUAUGGUUAUAAUUAUUAGGAUACCCUGUAACCUCUGCCAUGACCUUAUGUUACUGAAUAAGUUCUUCAUGCUCUAUUAAGCUUUAUUGCUGGAAGUGUUUGAAGUUUCUGUUUACGAUGAAAUAUUUUAAGUUAUGUAGGGCUUCUUCCUUCUUCCCUUCAACGCUCGAGUAGCAGCAGCGACAACAGAUUGGGGUUGGGGCAGGAGCGGGGAGGGGAGGAGACGAUUCUUUUUCUCGGUGAGGGCGGCGCGGAUGUGAGUUGGGGGCAAGGAAGGGAUUGUUUGGUUAGGGCUAGAAUUGAAAUUGGGUUGAGGGAUAGAUAUGUCAAUUUGUUGCAUUUUAGGGCGAUGAAAUUUGAAUUUCAGGGCGACGAAUAGCAAUUCAGUUAAUGUUAUGGUAAAACUUCAAGUUGUACAUUAAAAUACCAAUGUUUUAUAGCAUAGUAGAAGUGCUCAUUAAAUUGAUGUUAUUCCAAUUAGAUUAUAAUGCUUACAGCUUCUCUUGUACACAAGUAGGCAAGUAUUGCACCUACACUGCUCUAUACACUCGAUUGAAUAUCGUGAGGGAAGCCUCUAAUGAAAAUAACAUUAUCUGGGAUUAAGAUUAUUCCACUUAUUUUGAGGGGAUUUGUGGGAAACACAUUAAUUGCAGUAUCUUGUUAAUUCGUAUUAUUGUCGGUUUUUAUGAUUCAGAGUAUUAUUUGGGAUAUUCGGGAAUAAAUAGGGAGUUGAUUG